UCGAUUUCGAUUUCGCUCUCUCUCCCACUUCGUCUUCUUCGAUCGACUCAGACUUCGGAUACAUGGAACAAAUGAUUGAUGAAUUGAAUGAUGAAGAAGAACCCCCUAGUGGUCUUGUUGGACAAUCAUCAUCAUCAAGUGCAUCACAAUCUAGAACACUAGUAAGUUCUUCUCAUCUUGAAAAAAGAAGUAAGAGGUCAUUAAUGCGGAAUUACUUUGUAAUAGAAAAAUCUGAUGAUGGUGAAGAAAGGGCUUAUUGUAAGAAAUGUCCAAAGAGUUAUUUGUGGCAGCCUACUAGUGGAACAUCUAAUUUGAAAAGACAUUAUGAAAAAUGCUCACUAAAUGUGGAUGUAGAAAGAAAGAGGGUGAAGUUUGAUGAUAAAAUUGCUAGGGAGAAGUUUAGUAGGGUGAUUAUACGACAUAAUCUACCUUUUCUUGUGGUUGAAUAUGAGGAGCUUAGGGAUUUUCAUAGUUAUUUAAACCCAGAUUAUAAAUGCUAUACUAGAAACACAGCUGCUGCUGAUGUGGUCAAAACUUGGGAGAAGGAAAAGCUGAGAUUAAGGUCUGAGUUGGAAAAAAUUCAUAGUAGAGUGUGUUUAACUUCUGAUUGUUGGACUACUGCUUAUGGAGAUGGAUAUAUAGUGGUGACUGCACACUAUGUUGAUGCAAAAUGGAUUUUGAAUUGCAAAAUGGAUUUUGAAUAGCAAAAUUCUUUCAUUUUGUGAUAUACUUCCUC